AUGCGAAACCAGAAACACAAUGUGUUUAAAGUGGGAGAGAUUGCCAUCUAUUCAUGUGAUGUCGGAUACGAGAAGGUCUCCGGCAAUGAAGAGACACAAUGCGUGGUCACCGAUGGACCCAAUGGUGUGAUGAGCUCUCGUUGGCAACCAAUUGAUCUCAUGUGUCAAUAGAAAAGGUGUCCUGAAGUGGAAAGUGUUGCGAACGGACGCAUUGUCUACAGCGAUGUCGAGAGAAAGACGGACAGUAAGCUCGAGUACGUGUGUCAGCCGGGCUUCAAACUAAACGCAUUGAACGCAAUCAGGUAUUGCAGACAAGACGACUCUUGGAGUGAUUUACAACACAUGAACGAGACAUCCCUCGAGUGUCUUGUGGUGACGUGCGAGUCACCGAUCCGUCCGCACACUGGUCUCCGAAUCCUUCCGUCGCGAUCCAAAAGUGGCAACUCUUAUAAACCCGGAGAUGUAAUCAUAUUCUCGUGCGACACAAAUUCAAAGCCAGAGAAGAAAGUUUCCGAUCAAUUGAAUGGCAAUUGUCAUGAAUUGAAUGAUAACUGCAUUGAAUGCAAAGUCAACUACUCUUGUGUUUACGGACAACAACUGGACCUCAAUUGUCGGCCCAUCGAAGGCAUCGCUUGUAUCGGUGAGACAAACUUCACGCGAAGACAUUUGAGUGCCUUUUGCUAUCAAUUGCCGCAACAUUUAUACAACUGGUCUCCAAACUCUUCGUGUGAUUACAACUCCCGAUAUAAUCUCAAUGAACUAAACAACAAUCGGAGAUUGUGUUAG